UCACCACCACCACCACCACCGCCACCGCUCUGUCCAGUAAGGCUCGCUCUUCUUUGGUCCGAUCUGUGCAAGCAGGCCAGGCGAACGCAUAAUGAAACAAAGUUGAUGGUUCCCUCGCUGGGCCCUGGGAGAUGACGGCAGGGGUUAAGCUGUGCCUUGCAGCCAGCCGUUUGCCGCUCGGUUCGUGUACAAGAAGAAAGCUCUAAUUAUGGCUCAAGCGUCUGCCGCCACGAGGGGAAUCAUCACGGGCAAUCCUGUAUAAAGUACACUGGCAUCCCGCUCGACCUCUGUUGUUACAUUCCAUCCUUUGUCUCUCCAUCCCAUCUUUCCUCCUCUUCGGCGUGUAGCUUAGCUUCUUCUGUUCUUUCAUGUACAUUUGAAUCCUUCUUUUGCUUUUUGAUAAAGCGUAUUUGCCUUCUGCAGGACAGACUUCUUUCUUCUUCUCUUCUUUUCUUUCAGUACUAGCUUACACGCCAACACCUACCUCCUUCAGAAUGGUUCGCCCAACCUUUCUUCUGGCGCUCUUCGCCUCUUCUCUCGCCGCUGCCAACUCUCUCGAGGACCGCAAAGUCACCGAACUCGACAGCGGUUUCGCAAAAGCCCAGCAAAACGACACCACCGCCACCCGCGCCCUCAAGAACGUCCAGAUCAAGACCGCCGACGGUAAGUGUCUGUUUGUGGACAAGCUUGGCGGCGACAAACGCGCCAACCUUGCUCCCGUCCAGAUUGCCGACUGUGGUUCUACCGACGGCCAGGGCUUCGACUUCAUCACCGAGGGCAAGCACAUCAAGAAGACCGCCGGUCGUGCCCUCAUUGUCAGCACCCUCACCAAUGCUUGCAUGACGUUUGAUCCCCGCCGUCCCCCGGCCACCCAGGUGCACUUCUUCUCCUGCGGUGGUCGUGCCGAUGGUGAAGGCGAGGUAUCUGACUCGCAGCUUAUCAGCUUUGACGGCAAGACCAGCAACGUGAAGCUCCAAACCCAAAACACCAAGCUCUGCUUCACUGCCAACGGAGACACUGUGACAGCCGGCGACUGCAACGGAGACAAGACAUCCUUUACCAUCGGCGGAGCUGCGACUGGCGGCGGCGGUGGUGGCAACAGUGGCAACGGAGACAAGGACAACAAGGACAACAACAAUGAACCCCUCAAGACCGUCACCGUCACCGACAAGGCCUCGUCUACAUCUGCCUCCUCCAACAACGUCGGCGGCAACAAGGCCACCUCCACAUCCAGCAGCAAGGCUGCAUCCUCAACCAGCGGCGUCGUCAAGAUCCCCGUUGCCCGCGGCGGCUUCGUAGACAGCGACGGCUCCGAAAAGGCCCAUCAGUUCGACAAGACGGCCAACCGCGCCUUCCAGUCCGUCCACAUCCAGACCGACGACGGCCGCUGCAUCAAGUUUGACACGCUCUCUGGCGAUUCGCUCCAGAACCUGCUGCCCCUCACCUUUGUCACCUGUGACGAGGACGCCGAGAGCCAGCAGUUUGACAUUAGCUUCUCCAGCAAGAACAACGAUGCACGCGAUCAGGAGGCCCUCAUUAUCGCAUCGCAUUUCCCCUCGUGCUUGAGCUACGACGCCUCGCGUGCUGAGAAUGACCGCGUCAACAUGUUUUCUUGCGGCGGGAAAGCCGAGGGCAGCGACUCCAACACCGACAAGGGCCAGUUGUUCCCCAUCUCCAAGGACUUUAGCAAGAACACGUUCAAGCUGCAGCCGCUGUCUGACAAGAACGUCUGCAUCACCAGCAAGGGCGUUAACCGCCUUACUUUUGCCCGCUGCGACGACAGCAAGGAGCAGACCUUUAAGAUCGUCUCCCUUGUCUGAGGUGCUCUUGUUCUUCUACCUGUUUAUACGGUACUUUACAAAAGAAAGAUUGUACAUGGUUUUUCUUCUAUAUUCUUCUUCAUACUUUUUUUUUCUUUACUUUACUGGAUAGUUGGGGCAUUUUUAGCAGGAUUUUGAUAUUUUCUCAAGGCGUUAUAUAGUUCGUCAUGUACACAGUCAACCAAAAAAACAAAUAUGAACAUUUUCCCACCACAUGUUGAA